AUGAAGAUCCAAUGUGAUGUGUGUGAAAAAGUUGAGGCCACUGUGUUCUGUCCUGCAGAUGAAGCAGCUCUUUGCCAUAGCUGCGAUCGUAUCAUUCACCACGCCAACAAGCUCGCAACCAAACACGCUCGCUUCUCUCUCCAUUACCCCACCUCCAAAGACUUCCCUCUUUGUGAUAUAUGUCAAGAGAGACGUGCAUAUCUAUUUUGCCAAGAAGAUAGAGCGUUACUAUGCAGAGAAUGUGACCUUCCUAUACACAGAGCCAACGAACAUACCCAAAAGCAUAACAGGUUUCUUCUAACGGGUGUGAAGCUCUCUGGCACUUCUUUGGACCCUGCUUCUUCAUCCAACAAUUGCCCUGAAGCGAGAAACCCUUCAUCUAAGAUGAACAGACCCAGAUCAGUUUCCAAUGAAAAUGCGAGUUCUUCUUGCAAGGUUGAAGACAACGUGGCUAGUGACACGGGUUCGGUUUCUACUAGCAGCAUUUCUGAAUACUUGAUUGAAACAAUACCUGGUUACUGUUUCGAAGACCUCCUUGAUGCUUCAUUUGCUCCUAAUGGUUUCUGUAAGAAUUAUUAUGAUAAUCGUUCGGCGUUUCAGGACCAAGAUCUUGAAGUUAGCACGUGUUUAUUUCCGUUGGCAACGUGGGUACCCCAGGCUCAAGUUCAGUCACCUCAACUUAGCACUCCGAGUAUUACCCAGAUUGGAGUUAGGGAGAUUCCAAGAGCCAACACUGUCAAAUGGAGACAUUAUGGCUGUACAGUUCCUGAAACUAGUCAACAAUUGAUCAAAAGAUCUAGAAUUUCUCGAUAA